AGGUAUAAAUUGAAGGAGCUAUAUAAAUGCUGUGUCGAAAUAAGUUUUGAAAUUGAUAUGCAUGGUAUAACUUUUUUGCACCACAUAAUGUUUGAAUAUUUUAACUUUGCUUUUUUGUUAUAAAAAAGGCCUCAGAAUCCCAAAUGCAUGUCAGCUAGGAAUACUUUUAAAUUAAUGAUGAUGGACAGUGUUACCAAAGAAAGUACUAAAAUAUCAUGAGAUUUGUUUGAGAAUGGUGUUUUAGAUACAGGAAUAGGAUAGAUAUUGGACAUAAGGGGAAAAGUAUUGGAAAUAUGAUUGAAACCUGUUUAAUUUUGACAUCUUUGUUUUUAAACUUAACCAUAUUUUUCAUCAUCAAAAAUCCAGCUGAAUAUCAAAGAUAUUUGCAAGUAAUUAUAUUGAGGAAUUCCAAUUAAAAAAAAUAACUUUUUAGGGACAUUUUUACCUUAAUUUCCUGUACAGCAUGGGGAGCUCUUUGUGGCAUGUGACUUUUUGUCAUAUCAUUUCCUUGAACUUUAUUCAUUUGAAUUAAGAAAGAAUUUUUACGCAGUGCAAAAUGUAACCAAAUUUACUUCAUUGACUUGGGUUUCACUGCAGUUAAUGGACUUUUGUCAAAAAUGAAUCAGUUGAAGAGUAACAUUACAGCUGUCAGAUCCACAAGUUGGCAUUGAAAGGAAGGCACUUUGCACAACAGGUGCCUGCUCCAGAUUGAAGAAUAUAGUUCACUGUUUCUGCAAAAGGGCUUCUACAAAAUCCAAUCCUGCUAAAAUAUUGGUUGUCAAGUAAAAAAAAGAAGUGGUGAUGGUGAUUUUCUAAGGAUAUCUGAUAAUAUCAGGUGGAUCAAGGCUGCGCAAAGUCAACAGGAUGGAGUUUUCCAGGUCAACAGGUUCAUUAGAGCUUGUGUUUAUUGAGGGAUGGAAGCUGUGGCAAUUAUGGCUGAGAAUGGUGAAUCUGAAGUAAGGAAAAGGAAAAAGAAAAAGAGGCAUCGUCCCCCUGGAACUGUGCAGCCAAUUAAUAGUAACAAGGGCAAGCCAAGUGAGUCCUUAGAGAUGCUGGGUAAUCAUGAUAGCAACUCACAUAUGUACCACACAAAAGAGGUCUCCCCUGAGCUGGAAGUAAAUGUCACAGGCACUCAAGUCAGUGUGGCGGCCGAGGGUGGCAUGAAUGAUGAGGAACAGUCUAUUUCACCAGUGUGGUUACCACAACAGCCGCAGGAGAGUGAUACUGUCAAUGUGGCAGCUGUAGAAAAUGCCCACAUAAGUAGAAAUGUGCAAGAUGAAUAUAACACAAAACUUCCUUUGAGAACAAGGGAGACACAACCAUCAAUAAUGAGUUCUAAAUUAGAUCAGGAUGACUACCAGGAUUUGAACGUUCAGAUGUUAGAUCAGGAGCUAAAAGCUGCUUUGAAUAGCCCAGAGAGUGAUGAAACGACAUGUACUCUUCCUAAUAGCAACAAUGGGAACCUAAUUAAGUCUGACGAAGAAGAGGGAAUGAUAAAAAGUGAAGAUUCGCAAGUCAUCAGCAAUCAGGAUAAUGUUCUGCAGGUGGGAAGGCAGGAGUUGGCAAAAGCAGGUAUGGAAAAGGAAAAUCUGAUUGAAAAAACAGAUCAAAGGGUGAAAGAAAUAAGUGGAGGAAGACCCACAGCAAGGUGGAAGAAACUCCAGAAUACUUUGAAGGCAACCAAUGAGGUGCAACGUCCUGCGGGCAGAGAAUUUAAGAGAAAAUCUUCAGGUAUGAAUCGACAGGACUCAUUUCUUCAGCGUUUUUCUACUCGCCAGCGAGAAACGGAUGAAAAUGAGGAUGAGGAAGAAGGACAGAGUAAAACACAAAAUAAAAAGAACAAAAGAAAGUGGACUUUUGUGGUGAAUCCUGAUGGUGAUACAAUGUUUUACUGGCUUGGGGUUCAGGCCCUAUGUGCUCUGUAUAACUUAUGGACAUUGAUAGCCAGAGAGGCUUUCCCAGACAUACAAACAGGCAGUCCUUUGGCAUGGUUUAUUUUAGAUGGUUUCAUGGAUUUCAUGUACCUAACAGAUAUUGCCUUCCAGUUUAGGACUGGUUACCUGGAGCAAGGACUGAUAGUGUAUGACUCCAAGCAACUUGCGUUACAUUAUGUCAAAUCACAUUACUUUAAAAUAGAUAUACUUGCCCUGACACCUCUGGAUCUUCUACAGCUGACUACAGGUAUACAUCCAAUGUGGAGAUUUCCUAGAUUUUUCAAGGUAUACAGAGUGUAUCAAUUCUAUUACAUGGCAGAAUCCCGGACAAUUUAUCCUAACUUCUGGAGGGUGAUGAACCUAAUCCAUAUCCUGCUGCUGGGGUCUCACUGGUUUGCCGCUUUCUAUUUCCUCAUCAGUAAAUCAGAAAAUUUCCCCGCUAAUGACUGGUCCUACCCACCCCUCCAGGGAGAGUAUGCAUCGGUCACUCGAAUGUACCUCAAGUCCUUGUACUGGUCAACACUCACACUGACCACUAUCGGGGACCUGCCGCCACCCAAGAAUAACUGGGAGUAUGUGUUCACCAUUCUCAGCUACCUUAUUGGUGUGUUUGUGUUUGCCACAAUUGUGGGACAAGUUGGCAAUGUCAUAGCAAACAGGAAUGCAAGUCGCCUGGAAUUUGAAAGACUUCUGGAUGGAGCCAAGGCAUACAUGCGCAAUCACAAUGUUCCUCGUGACAUGCAGACACGUGUACAGAGAUGGUAUGACUAUGCAUGGUCCAGGGGCCGUAUCAGUGGUGGUGGGGAUAUCAACUCACUGGGUUUACUACCUGACAAACUGAAAACAGAGUUGGCACUUCAUGUCAAUCUAGAGACUCUUCGGAAGGUGACAAUCUUUCAAGAGUGUGAACCAGAGUUCCUCCAUGACCUGGUGCUCAAAAUGAAGGCGUAUAUCUUCACCCCGGGGGACCUCAUCUGCAGGAAAGGCGAGGUGGCUAGAGAAAUGUUCAUUAUAGCUGACGGAGUGCUAGAAGUGCUCAGUGAAAGUGGAGAAGUGGUUACACAGAUGGUAUCUGGGGAUUUCUUUGGAGAGAUUGGUAUUCUAAACCUGGAUGGUGGGGUCAACAGGCGUACAGCAGACGUGAGGUCAGUGGGAUACUCGGAGUUAUUUGUACUGUCCAGGGAAGAUGUGUUGUCUGCACUACAGGAUCAUCCUGAGGCUGAGGCAUUCAUGCAAGAAUAUGGCAGAAAGAGGCUAAAAGAAAUAGAAGAAAGGCGCAGGAAAAAAAUGCUACAGAAUCAGGUUCACGUAGCGGCUUCUUUGUGCCAACUUACCAAACCAACCUGGCAGGUAGCAUCAAAGAAGGCCAAAAAGAAUGUAAAGUUUAAAGACAAACUGACUAGCAGUGAUGGUGAAAAUGAGGAAGACUUGGUCAGCCCUUGUAGAGUACUCAGAGCCUCCUCAAGGAGGCGCCGUUUUGUAAAAGGAAAAGAAUAUUCUCAGAUAAACAACUUGGAUGCUGACGACCAAGCCAAACCCCUGGUGCCUUGUGAUAUACAAAUCAAAGUAGAAAUGUGCGGAAGUGAUGCUAGCAGUAAGGAGGACAGUGAUGGAAGUGAGACAUCUCCUGAUCAGAAUGUUUUACCACCUCCUGCGGUGAACUCUGUCAGUGUGGACAACUCCUCUUCACAGGCUCCAGUAGUACAUUUGACAGUAAAGGGGACGGAGGAGAACAUGGAAGAUCUUCCUGAUGUAGGCAGCGAUGAGGUGUUUGAACCUCCAGAAAUUAAGUAUGUGCCUACACCCAUCCUGUUACGCAAGAAAAAGAUGACUCACCAUAAGCUUCGAAAGACUCUUAGUGAGGAAAUUGAUGCAAUUGCCAGCAAGUGUGAAAAGAAACGGGACUGUAGCCACUACAGUGAUAUUGGAAUGCCACUGAUACCUGCAAGCCCCAGUCAGAAGGGCAGCAUGGCUAGCCUGAGGUCUCACUCCUGUGACUGUGUUCUCAGCUACAGAGACAACACCCCUGGCGGAUCGGGUGGUGUGGACCUGCAGAAUCUCAAAUCUUUUGAUAAGUCGAAUCUUAACCAACCACAGCCAUCUGGCCCUGAGUCAACAGGACUGUCAACAACCCCAGCACCUUUGAGCUCUGAGGCAAUACCAAAGGUGGUGGUUCAGGGGAAUGAAAUUGGCUCGCAGGACCCGUCUUCUUUAUUGACAGGAUUGAAGAGUGUCUUAAUGCAAAAUAUGGAUGCUGUAAUGAACCAGUUUCAGGACAAGGUCAAUAUGUUGGAAGAUGACAACAGAAAGAAAGCAGAAGUUAUCAAAGAGUUGGAAUCAAAAGUUAAAAGUUUACAGAGAGCACUUCUGUGGAAAUCAUCAAAGGAAACGGGAAUGACAGUGCCUUCUGUGGAUAUCUAAGAUGGUGGAUCUCCAUUUGCCAGAUAGAAGAUAUGAAAUGAUAAUUAGUGAUUAGAAGUAUUUCCUGAAAGAUAGCAGAUGAUGGAGAUGACAAAAAAUAUUUACAACCUGUAAUCACCAUUAGAAAUAUGAAUUCACUUCUUAUUUGUGUCAUUUUAAUGAAAUUAUGACCUAAAGAUGAGUUGGAGGGUGUUUUUUCUCCAAAAAAAUAAAUUAUACUCAGCAGUUUGACCAUUUAACAUGAUUAAAUUGAAUUUUUUUUUCAAAAUAUUACCUUCUGUAGACACCCCAAACUUGUUAAAGAAAAGUAUUGAUUUCAUUUACAGGGUAAUCAUUUUUAGGCAAUAGGAAUUUUGGGAGUUUUUUUAAUACAGGUCCAUGAAACUGAUGGUGUGGUGUGUUUAGAACCAACCAAAAUGUCAAAAUGGAUGCACUUUUUAAGUUUUAUUUAUUAAUGGGUGAGCUCAAGGCAAGUUUACUAUUACAGUAAAACUUUUGUUUUGUUUUGUUAAGGAUAGUGUGAUCCUGCCAAUUAAGCUCAACUUUUUUUUUUCAAAAACUGCAGGACAGUUUAUUUUCAAGACAACUGUGAUCUCUAGAGAUCUGACACACUUCAACAUUCCUUAUUUGUUAUUUAUGUUAAAAAUAUUAUUCACUUCAAGGUAAAACAUAUUCUAGACAGCUUGCUUAAAAGUCCAUAAAUAUUUCACACUAUCUCUAGUGUCAACGUUUCUAGGUUAAAUG